AUGAGUGCGUCCCGCACAUACCUGUCGGCGAGGAACUCGUCGAUACCCACCCGGGAGUUGCAUCACAUGUGUUGGAUCAUCGCAAGUCUGCGCCAGAAGCCCAACACUGAGAUUGACAAGUUGUCGCAAAUCCUCGGGGAGGUCGUGCUGCCUUUCCUGGCCACGCCUGUGCCGGCUUUCCCUUCCCGCUCUGCUGCCGCUGCAGGAUGUGACCACACUUGCCCUGUGAAGGCGAGCGGUGAGCUUAUGUGCUUUGGGCUGAACGACGAAGACCAGUGCGACGUGCCGACAGACCUGGGGCCCGUGGUGGCUGUUGCUGCAGGAGGAGGUCACACCUGCGCCGUGAAGGCGAGCGGGGAGCUGGUGUGCUUUGGGAGAAACAACGAGGGCCAGUGCGAUGUGCCGGCAGACCUAGGGCUCGUGGUGGCCGUUUCUGCUGGAGCAUAUCACACCUGCGCAGUGAAGGUCAGCGGGGAGCUGGUGUGCUUUGGGUGGAACCUUUACGCCCAGUGCGAUGUGCCGGCAGAACUGGGGCCCGUGGUGGCCGUUGCUGCAGGAGACUAUCACACCUGCGCCGUGAAGGCGAGCGGGGAGCUGGUGUGCUUUGGACUCAACGAGUGCGGUGAGUGCGACGUGCCGGCUGGCUUCGGGCCCGUGGAGGCUGUCGCUGCAGGAGCAUUUCGCACCUGCGCCGUGAAGGCGAGCGGGGAGCUGGUGUGCUUUGGAGAGAACUGGUACGGUGAGUGCGACGUGCCGGCAGACCUGGGGCCCGUGGUGGCGGUUGCUGCAGGAGAAUAUCACACCUGCGCCGUGAAGGUCAGCGGGGAGCUGGUGUGCUUUGGGAACAACGACAAUGGCCAGUGCGAUGUGCAGGCAGACCUUGGGGCCGUGGUGGCCGUUGCUGCAGGAGACUAUCACACCUGCGCCGUGAAGGCGAACGGGGAGCUGGUGUGCUUUGGGAGGAACUGGCACGGCCAGUGCGAUGUGCCAGCAAACCUGGGGUUCUUGCUUGCUGGCUCUGCAAAGGCCUCUCCAUUUGGUGACGGCGACGGCCCCGCAAGGCCCGCGGACGCUCGCGUCGACGAGGACGUUCGGGGCGCGGAGGCUGCCGCACAGAGCCCUCCAGAGGCGGCCGCCAUCGUCGCGGAGAAGGAGGCCUCCUUCAUCGGGCACAACGAGUCGGCCCGCUGGGUGGACACAGAGGCUGCAGAGCCCGACGUCCCCCGCAACGACCUCUUUCGGAGCUUGGUUCUGCUGGAGUUCACGCGUUGCCCGCCCGAGCUCAACGAGGUGCUGCAGCACUCGGCCGCGCUGCGGCCGACCCGAGUGGCGCUCGCCCGAGAGGGCUUCCACUGGCGCUUGCCCAAUGGAGCCAAGGUCUUCAUGGACCCACGCCUCUUCCGGCUACUCUGCAGCCACCGCACAGUGGAUCUCAGGGCUUACCACGUCUUGGUUCAGGAGGACCUGGAAGGAUCUGUGAUGGCAGCCGCGCAGCAGCUGCAGCCCAAGCUGCGUGCGCGCCUCCGCUCUUCGACCACCGUCGGCCUGGCAGAUGCCGACGGUGACGAGAUCGCGCUGGUCCGGCGCACCUUCCUCCACCUCCCGUCGACGCGGCUCCUGCAUCCCAACUCGGUAGUGCAGUCCACCACGGAGGCAGGCGUUCGGCGUCUGAAGAAGGUUCCUACGCCCUACCUUGACAAAAACACCUUUGUCAACGUGAGGCUAUCCAUUGUGGCGCGAAUCCCCGGCGAGUUUCCGCCCACGGCGACUAGCGGGGUUGCCUACGAGAUUUUAGAGCCGCAAGAUCCAUUCUGGGCGGAGGAGCAGUUUGCAGUCUGCUUACUGCGCCGGCGGCAGCAUCAAUGGGACGCCAAGAACUUGUGGGUCCCACCCCGGGAGUUGCAUCACAUGUGCUGGAUCAUCGCGGAUCUGCGCAGGACGGCCAGCACCGAGAUCGACAAGCUGACGCAAACGCUGGGGGAGGUCGUGCUGCCUUUCCUGGCCACGCCUGUGCCGGCUUACCUGUCCCGCUCUGCUGUCGAUGCAGGAGAGAGCCACACUUGCGCCGUAAAGGCGAGCGGGGAGCUGGUGUGCUUUGGAGGCAACGAGUACGGCGAGCGCGACGUCCCAGCAGACCUGGGGCCCGUGGUGGCUGUUGCUGCAGGAACAUAUCACACGUGCGCUGUGAAGGCGAGCGGGGAGCUGGUGUGCUUUGGGAGGAACCAGUCCGGCCAGUGUGAUGUGCCGGCAGACCUGGGGCCCGUGGUGGCCGUUGCUGCAGGAGGAGGUCAUCACACGUGCGCUGUGAAGGCGAGCGGGGAGCUGGUGUGCUUUGGGAGGAACGAGUACGGCCAGUGUGACGUGCCGGCAGACCUGGGGCCCGUGGUGGCCGUUGCUGCAGGACGGAGUCACACCUGCGCUGUGAAGCCGAGCGGGGACCUGGUGUGCUUCGGGUGGAACUACCACGGCGAGUGCGACGUGCCGGCAGACCUGGGGCCCGUGGUGGCCGUUGCUGCAGGAGUUGCUCACACCUGCGCCGUGAAGGCGAGCGGGGAGCUGGUGUGCUUUGGGUGGAACGAGUACGGCCAGUGCGACGUGCCGGCAGACCUGGGGCCUGUGGUGGCUGUUGCUGCAGGAACAUAUCACACGUGCGCUGUGAAGGCGAGCGGGGAGCUGGUGUGCUUUGGGAGGAACGAGUACGGCCAGUGUGACGUGCCGGCAGACCUGGGGCCCCUGGUGGCUGUUGCUGCAGGACCAUUUCACACCUGCGCCGUGAAGGAGAACGGGGAGCUGGUUUGCGUUGGCCUUAACAAAUAUGGCCAGUGCGAUGUGCCGGAAAACUUGGGUCCCUUGCUCGCUGGCUCUGCAAGGACCUUUCCAUCUGAUGCCGACAAUGGCCCUGCAAGGUUUGUGCACUCUCCGGUCGUGCAGGAUGUUCAGCACGAGGAGGCCGCCGCGGAGAUCCCUCCGGACGAGGCGGCCGCCAUCGUCGCGGAGCAGCAGGCCUCCUUCAUCGAACACAACAUCGAGUCUGCCGGCUGGGUGGACAACAUCGAGUCGGCCCGCUGGGUGGACACAGACACAGAGGCCGCAGAGCCCGACGUCCCCCGCAACGAUCUGUUUCGGAGCUUGGUUUUGCUGGAGUUCACGCGUUGCCCACCCGAGCUCAACGAGGUGCUGCAGCACUCGGCCGCGCUGCGGCCGACCCGAAUGGCGCUCGCCCGAGAGGGCUUCCACUGGCGCCUGCCCAACGGAGCCAAGGUCUUCAUGGACCCGCGCCUCUUCCGGCUGCUCCGCAGCUACCGCAUGGUGGAUCUUCGGGCCCACCACGUCUUGGCUGCGGAGGACUUGGAAGGAUUUGUGCUGGAUGCCGUGCAGCAGCUUCGGUCGAGGCUGCGCGUGCGCCUCCGCUCUUCGACCACCGUGGCCCUGGCAGACGGUGACGAGAUCGCGCUGGUCCGGCGCACGUUCCUCCACCUCCCGUCGACGCAGCUCCUGCGUCCCAACUCGGUGGUGCAGUCCACCACGGAGGCGCGCCCGAACCACGGCGCGAAUCCUCGGCGAGUCUUCGCCCACCACGACUAG